ACCCUAUGCCCUCAAUCAAAAUUUUUGGGAAAGGCUGCAGCCGGGGCGGUUGCCCAUUAAAUUUGAGGUUUUCUUUUUUCUCUUUGGCCGCUGGGGAAAAAUGAAAACGGUUGGCAGGGCAGGUGGGCGAUGCGAUCAUGAGAGGACCGGGUAGAAGCCAAACCUGCACUUACGGAGCACGUUAGCAAAUUGUAGCCUUCACUCUUCAGAAUCUAUAAAAGCCAACCUCAUCGGCUCAUGAUUGUCAAUUCGAAGCGGCGCACUUUAGCCAAUACCUGACUUCCGCAUAAAUCGUAACACUACGAUAAGGGAGUUUCCGGCGAUCACCCGUACAUUGACGUUCCCCUCUCUUCCGAUCUUCCCCUCCCUUCACCUGUCAUAACGGGGCAUAACCAGAGGUCCCGGACUUGGACAGGAGGAGAUAAAAAAAUAUGCAUAAUAUGCGUAUGACGGUGAAGAGGGAUGUUCCAUCUUUGGUUGAUCUAUGUAUUCAGACAGCAAUAGAUAAUGUUAGAUACAUAGGGGAUGUAGGUGAAACAGAUAUACAUCUCCUUGAGCACAUUCUACCACACUGUACUGUUGACCAGUUAAAGCACAUUGAGAAGUGUUCAGAGGGAAGAGAUCUAAGUCCGGCAACAAAUAAAGUAUGGAAGAGAUUUUAUGAAUUGGAAUUUAGUGCUAAGAGUGCUAAUGUUGUAGUCGAGAGGAUGAAACAGAAGAAGGUGUCAUUUAAAUGGAGACAGCUGUAUGAGGCAAAAUUGAAGGACAUGGAUGAUGCUCAAGAGAGAUCAUUUGAUAGAAUUAAGGAGCUCUACAAGAAAGAAGAUGCCCGGAAACAAAGUCGGCAAGUCCAGCUUUGCACCAAGGUCCCACCUUCCAGUAAAAGGAGCUUUUGGGGAGGUAAUGGAUCUGGCAACAACUUUUCGAAUAUGAAGAGUAACAUAAUGAAGAAGGCGAAAAUAGAAUAUCUUAACAGUCAGGAGGUUAAGAAUAUUGCUGCCAUGAAGAAAAACUCCUUGCACAAGAAUUAUAGUGUCUCUCCCACUAUGAAGCCAGUCGGUGAUUCCAGGAAGGCUUCUGCUUCAACAUCCAAACCAAUCAGACUUGCAGAGAGGAGACAUUAAUAUCGAGCAUCUCUAUCAAUUUAGCAAGAUCCAGACAUCCUUGUCCUUGUCACACAACAACUAUAUCCAUAUAUAGCUGACUUUGACAAUUGUUGGUUCAUUUUCUUGAAUGCAGAAAUCUCAAAUCUACCUUACCCCUUGGCGCUCCCUCUGUAAAGAAUGUUCAGUAUGCUUUGUCAUUGCCCUUUCAAUUUCAUUUCACGUUGGCAGUACAUUUUGCGUGCAUGGUUUAUAUGAUUUUUAUUUUUCAAUAA